AUGAAGUUCAGGACCAAAGAAAUCAUCGAUCCGAACUAUCCUCUGCUUGAUGUGGAUCGUGCUGCAAAUAUUUCUGUUAAGCGCACUACACAUGUUUAUGGAGAAACCGACGUUCACAAGCUGUCGUCCAUAAAGCUCGACGUCUACCACUUUCCCAUCCCCAGCACCGACGGCCGGACGCAUCACAUCCUCGUUUUCUUCUACGGCGGCGGAUUUACGAAGGGGUCCCGGCUCGGCCAGUCACCUCCACACGAUCUGGUACACGCCAACCUCGGCGCGUUCUUUGCGCGCAGAGGCAUUCUCACCGUCGUCCCGGACUAUCACUUCGUUCCGUCGAUCACAUACCCACAGGGCUCCGAGGACGUGCGCGACGCGCUCCUCUGGGUCGUCCGCCACCUCCACACGGCGGGCGAUGCCAGCCGCGUCUUCGUGCUCGCGCACUCUGCCGGCGGCGUGCACGCCGUGUCCAUGCUACUGCUCUCCUCCCUGUUCAGCUGCCCAUUCGCGCCGCUCUCCGUGGGAUGUGCCUCGUCGGCGUCCCAUUUGAGAUCAGCAACGGCCCCACCGCCGCACUUCAGCAAACUGCAGUGGGAUACUACGGCAGCAUGA